CUUGAAACACUCCUCACGUCUUCCCCUUUAAAUUCCAUUUCAGGUUGCAUAAUCCGCCCACUCUUCUUCCCCAAUCUUGAAAAGGUGACGCGAGUAAACCAACAACUUUGCAGAAUUGCAAAUAGCCAUGGCUGAAAGGGUAAAGCUGCACUACUUCAAUGGGAGAGGGAAGAUGGAGUCAAUCCGCUGGCUGCUCACUGCUGCAGAAGUGGAGUUUGAUGAGUUCUAUCUGACAAACAGGGAGCAGUAUCUCAAAAUGCUGGAUGAUGGAGACCUCAUGUUCCAACAAGUGCCCAUGGUGGAAAUCGACGGAAUGAAGCUCAUUCAGACUAAGGCCAUCUUGAAUUACAUCGCAGAAAAAUACAAUCUGCAUGGAAAAGAUAUCAAAGAUCGUGUUAAGAUCAACAUGUACACAGAAGGACUGAUGGACCUCAUGGAAAUGAUCAUGAUUCUGCCCUUCUCUCAAAACACCAAGACCAAACUGGGCAACAUCGAAACCAAAGCAAAAGAGCGCUACCUUCCUGUGUUUGAAAAGCAACUGUUGGAUCACAUUUACCUGGUGGGAGGUCGCUUGAGCGUUGCGGAUGUGCUCCUAAUGGAAUGCACACUCAUGCUGGAGGAGAAGUUUGUGGGGAUCUUUGCAGACUUCCCUAACGUCAAGGCUUUUCAGGGCCGCAUGUCGAAAAAUCCAGCCAUCUCCAGAUUCCUGCAGCCGGGAAGCAAGAGGAAGUCUCAGCCCGAUGACGUCUACAUCAAAACUGUCAAAGAGGUCUUCGACCUAAACAUAUCAUUUCCAUAAAAUGCCCUCAACUUUCUAAAUGACUGAAAGUUAAAAGUUAGUGAUGAAUUAGAUUCAAUAGUUCAUUAAAGGCAAGAUAGAACUAAAUAAAUCAUGCUGCUGUGCUUUGUUCAGUCAAAGUCUGUUGGUUUGUCAGGAAAUCAAUGCUGCAGUUUCCUCUGGAAUUUAUGUAACAUUUAUUUCGUUUUCCUGGUAUGACAAAUGUUCAAGACAGUUUUCACCUGAUUUCCUCUCAGGACCUUAGUACAUCUAUUAAUAAAAAUAUGAUGCAACAAUCAAA